AUGGCGUUUAAUGUCGAUGACGAUGACCUAAUUGCGGAGACGCAAAUGAGCGAGGUGGAGAUAGUCGAGGUGAGCGACUCAAAAAUUGAUCGCCUAGAGCGAAAAAUAGAUGAUCAGGCGCGGAAACUGGAUGAGCAGGCGCGGAAACUGGAUGAGCAGGCUAGGGAAAUCGCCGCUUGCACCAACCAGCUGGCAAAGUUGACAGCAUUGCUGGAGGUCUUUGUUAAGGGAAAGGCCUCCAGCAAUGCUGUCAACAUGGAAUUCCCGAUUGCCACCGACGAGGCAUUGGCAGCGUUGGAAUUCGCCUUAGGCCGCGGCAUGAAGGAAGAAUGUACUAGCGCAGUGACGAACUUAUUGAAGCGCGGAGCCCUUACAAAGUCAUUAAAAUAUAUUUUCGUGGAGGACCUGAUCGUCAAUUACAAUAUUGACGGAGUAAGUGAUAGUAUAUCUAUGGUGGAUCCGGGGAAACCGCCGGAGAAAUGGUUGGGGCACGCUUUGACAGCCAUCAAAAAUAAUAAAAGCCUUACAGUUCCUCAGUGA